AUGUUCCUAGACGUAUCAUCAAAUGACAAAAAAAAAAUGUUUCUUAUUAGUACUGUAUCAUCAAAAUGAGGCAGAUUUCUAGCCACACUAGAAAUACAUUUUUGAAAUGAAUUAUGAUUGAAUGAGUGCAGGAGAACACACAUCCUGGUGCAUGUAUUCAGUCAGCUGGCAAGAGAAGUUGUGUGCUCUCAUCAAUCUAGAAGCAAAAGCAUAAUUAGAGGGAGCACACCUGUGACUACACUCAGCGUGUAACUUACCCAGCACUGCCAUGCUCUGGCAAAGCUUUUACAUCAUCUGGAGCUUCUUUUGCUUGUUAUGGCUUGAUCAAAUUCAUGUUUCAUCCGGAAUCCUUUGUAAACCAGGUGAGAAAGCCACGCGCUCAAAGACCAAUUGUGAACCUUGUCCAGAUGGCCAAUACAACCAUAAACAUAGUGAAAGUAAAGAGUGUCAAAACUGUGAUCCUUGUGAACUGAAUAGUUCUGAAAUUUCACCCUGCACACUAACAAGUAAUACUAAGUGUCGUUGCUUUGCCGGCUUUACCCCUUUGGACAAACCACAAAAAAUAUGCGUUUGCCGUGUAGGAUCAGGGAUAAAGCAUUUAGAAAAUGGAAUGAGGAUUUGUGAGAAAUGUCCGCCUAACACUUUCACUGAUGCAAUUAACUCUGAAUGUCAACCAUUGCCACAGUGCAUUCAGAGCAGUGAGACAAUUCCAGGAAAUGUCACCUCUGACAUCAAUUGCAGAAAUGAAGCGGAAUCAGUAGUACCUCCCUCCUCCUCCUUGCCUUUGUCUUCCACAUCCACCAGCACAUCAACCAUGACUCUAACCACCAGCAGAAACUCCAUCUCUACCCCCACAACCUCCUUUCCUGUGUCCCAAGACAGCAGGAAGCAUGCCCUCUGGCUGGCCUCUCUCGCAGCUUUUCUGCUUCUCAUCCUGAUACUAAAGCUCAGCCGGUGUCCUAAGAAGAAGACAGACAUAGUACGACAAGGUAGUGCAUGUGGAAAGCCAGUUGAGGAAUCUGGCGAGAAAUUCCUUCCUCCUGUCUAAUCCUCUUCUUCAUUCACACGCCAGUCUGUAAAAUUGCUAUGACAAAAAAAUCAGCAGUAGGUAUUAUAUACCAUUGAGAGCCACAGUAUUUUUACUGCACCUUACAUUGCUGUAGCCCUGGUACAUUGAAUCUGUUCUGUGACUAAAAGAAACUGAAACUGAGUGAUAUGAUUAUCAGAUGCCCCAUUUAAGGAAACUUCACUGUCAUAGAGGUGGUUUUUUCCCCACUUCGUUUAAAUGUCUCUCUUGAUCUUUUUGUUGGGGCUGGUUGAGACAUUAUGAUUACAUGUUAUCCUUUUAUAGGAAUGAUUUAUAUGUCAUGUUUAAGUUAUGAUGACACAGUGCUCAUGGAAUGAUUUUGAAUUAUAGAUUAGCAUUGGAUCAUUAUUUUGUAUGCAGUCUGUUUUUCUUUGAUUAAAAAGUCAUUUGUUUGUCUUUUAUAUUAAAUAUAGAUAUAACUAGAAAUGCAUUGGGCAUUAGACCUUAUAGAAAGAUGUUGACUGUUAGUCACCUUCGAAACUACUGUGUAGCUGCUGAAAAAAUAUCACUGUGAAGCCAUGACCUUUUACUGGUGUUUCCAAAAUGACCUUCUAUUUUACCAACAAAAUGAGUCUGUGCCUUGUGAUGACUCAUAAACUCCGGAGAUACCAAACCUGGAUAACAUGUGGGCUUAGGACAAACUGAGAAUGAUUAUUCCAUUUGUAGUGUUUUGUUUGUUUGUCUCAUUAUGUGGAUAAGGAUAUUAGUAAACUCUUCCUGCAAAAUAGACAUGUAUAAAUGUUUAAGAAUACAAAUGGGUUCAAAAAUAGGUAGGUUAUGUGGAGAGUUAGGCACAGUUAUUGCUCUGACAUGUAUACAUUAUUUUACAGUUUAUCUACAAAACAGAUGUUUAUUUUUAUUUAAGAUUUCUUAUUAAAAACCCAUUAAAAUAUGGUGUGUAUAUUGCUGUGUUUAAAUGUGCUAAACAAUCAUUUUCCUUAUUAGACUGUCAACACAUGUUUCCUUUAUUAAGGCUUAUUUUAAAGUAUGGAGGGUUCAAACAGGUUGUAACUCUUAAAGGUUUGCUUUGAGAAGUCAUGUUAAGAAUCAGUGGAAUCGCAGAAAUAGCAAUCACAUUACAUUAACAUAAAAUAUAGAUAUUGUACUGUGGAAAAUUAGUGGGCGCAUGGUGGCAUAGAUUAGCACGUUUGCCUCACACCUCCAGGGUUGGGGGUUCGAUUCCCGCCGCGGCCUCUGUGUGCGGAGUUUGCAUGUUCUCCCCAUGCUGCUGGUACUCAGGUACUCCCCCAGGCCAAAGACAUGCAUGGUAUGUCCAAAGUGCCCAUAAUGUAUGAAUGUAUGAAUGUGUGUAUGUGUGUAUGUGAUUGUGCCCUGCGAUGGAUUGGCACCCUCUCCAGGGUGUACCCUGCCUUGUGCCAGAUGCUCCCUGGGAUAGGCUUCAGGUUCCCGCGACCCUGUAGGGUAAGCAGUAUAGAAAAUGGAUAGAAAUUACAUAUUGAUAAACAUGUGACAAACACGAGUUUGGUUCCUAAAUCUCUCCUUGAAGCAUUUAUAUGUAUAGGAUAGGCAAAAUAUAUGGGUGCCCCAAAAAUGACUAAACCACCAAACAUUGUUAUCCCACCAAACUUGAUCUAAUGUUAACGUCUUGAUAUACUGUUCAUAAAUAGCUCAUGAAUUAGCUGGGUACUAAAAAUGGGUAAACUUACAGGCCAUUUUUUAAGGUGUUUUUAUCAGUGUUUUAAUAAAUUAAAACAUCCUUUGAUUCUGAUCACA